UUAAAUCAUUUUCUUCAUCCCUCGAGAUCUCAGAGAACACUGUUUUUUAAUUUUCCUUCGUUGCAGAAUAUAAUAGCCGCCGGAACAGAUAUAACUUCAAUUGUUUUAGUUUGGGCACUAACUGCCCUCGUAAAGAACCCUUUGAUCAUGAAGAAAGUGCAAGGAGAGAUAAGGCAAUAUUUAUUACGAGGCCGAAAGAAAGAUUUUGUCGACGAAGAUGACAUUGCGAAACUUCCCUAUUUCCGGGCAGUUAUGAAGGAGAGUUUCCGGUUAUAUCCACCCGGUCCACUUCUAGUCCCGAGAGAGACGAUUAAGAAAUGCCUUAUAUACGGUUAUGAAAUUGAAGCCGGGACUUUGGUGUACUUCAAUGCAUGGGCUAUUGGAAGAGACCCCGCGGUUUGGAAAAACCCGAACGAUUUCAUCCCGGAGAGAUUCUUGGAGAACGACAUAGACGUCAAGGGAAGGAACCCGGAGGUGAUUCCGUUCGGGAUAGGGCGUCGACAAUGCCCCGGGAUGUCGUUAGGGUUGGCGAAAGUUGAGCUUGCGUUCGCAAAUCUUUUGUACAAAUUCGAUUGGGAAUUGCCCCUGGGAAUGAAGGAAGGCGAUAUAGAUUUCGACGAGCUUCCCGGAAUGACAAUGCAUAAGAAAAAUGCACUUUGCCUUGUUGCCAAGGUUGUCCAUGGCUAAUAUAUAUGUGUGGUUGUGUUGUGUAAUCUUAUUAAAUAAAAAAUGGAUAAAAUACGAUUUUCAUCCU